GUAGCUGGUGCAUUAAUGCUAGUGAAUCAUUAAGAUGUCUAUGGUCUAUAUCUAGAUUAAUAAUAAUAAGGCAGCGCAGAUAAGGUCGAAAAUUGGGACGGCUACAUGGUCGUUCAGUAUGCUUGCCAAGGACAGACACCAUGGGACAGACGUAGACGGCAAAAGAAAAUAUCUAGAAUAGAGUAGCUAUUUUUACAGUUCACAAUUUUAAAACACAAUAGCGUCAUCACAACAAUAAUGGCGGCAACAUCAACCGCAGAUGAAAUUUGUAAAUAUGCUUACGAAGGAAAUUUGGCAUCAUUAAGAUUCAAACUUGAUGGAAAUAAAGAGUUAGCAACGAAAAAAGACACAAGUGGACGUACUCCAUUGCACUGGGCUGCUUCUGGGGGUAGGACUGAUGUUGCAGAGUAUCUUUUGUCACUGGAUAUUCCGGUGGAUGAGAGAGAUGAGACACAGUGGACUCCACUCAUCAUUGCCUCAUCCGCUGGUAGAGUUCAAAUAGUGCAUGACCUAAUUGCAUGCGGAGCGCAAGUGAAUGCCGUCAAUAGCACGGGUCAAAGUUCACUGCACUAUGCAGCAUCGAAAGGCUGGAUGGAGAUUUGCGAGAUGUUAAUUAAGAAUGGAGUAGAUAUUGACUGUGUUGAUUCACUGGGCCACACACCUCUCCAUAGAGCUGCCAGCAAAGGCAACUUAGCUGUUGUGCAACUUCUCCUUUCAUCUGAAGCUAAGCUAGAUUUAAGAGAUAAUACAGGAUGCACUCCUUUACAUUUGGCUUGUGAAGAUGAUAAGGGAGAAGUUGCCAGACUGCUCAUCAAACAUGGAGCCAAAAUAGAUAUAAGAAAUAAUGACAAGAAAACAGCUUUCGAAUUGGCGCCUAAAACCUUGAAACAUAACUUGGAAAACAGCUUCCAGCAUAUCAGAUAGGGGAGACAUCUUGAAUCAGAGGAUCAUCCGGCAAUGUUGUUGUUGAUUUUUUUUAAUGUCAAGAACUUUAUAUUAAAGUCAAAGUAUUGCAUCACA